CAGCAACCACUUCUCAAAUCAAUUCUUUCCGCUGCAGCCAUGGCAUCCACAGACGUCAUAUCUCAGGUGCUUGACUCUAUUACUUCUACAAAGUUGGAAGAGCUGUCAAAGUUGCGGGCCAACUUUGAACUUGGCAAAUCCGAGCUUCUGAAGUUGGUGGAUGCUGAGGAGCGACAAUCUAAGAGAGUACUAUUACUCCUUGAGGGAGGGAGGAAGCUGUGCACUCUAGAAGAUCUGGGGGGGGAUGCAGCCUUUUCUGCCGAGAAUAUUCGAUGCUUCAUCAAGCAAGCCUAACAUGAUCCGUCAGUCUCCGUAGGACUGCAAAAGGAAUGGGAGGUGGAUAUCCGGAGGCGCCUUGAUGUCAACUCUCUUCGUUUUGAGUACGCCGCAAUGUAUGGGAAUCUCGUCACAGAAUGGCUUGAGAACCCUCUAAUCAACAAGAACGACGCGGAAGGUGCUUCAUACCAAGCAGUGGGCCGCGCCGAGAUGCACGAGCAACGUUCUACAUGGGAAUCCUACGUCUUCAAGCCACUCAAAACUGAUACUGUCGCAAUAAAUUCUUACCUGAACCAGCUCUUCACGUCAUCGAAGUAUAUGGAAGAGCGUCUCGAGGUCCUGCGGAAAACGACUCAGCAUUUUGAGGAAACUCUGUUGUCAGAAUCACAAUUUGACGAGGACUCUUUGAAGUGGAUCAUCGCCGGCAUCUUAGGCAGCGACGGUAUCACCGACGCCAAACGCACCGCGCUCACGGAUUUCGCCAGCAACAAAACUGUUCUCAAAGAGCUGGCCGAUGUGUUGAAUAUGAGGAUGCGCAACUUGGACACAUGGAGUUGGGGUGUGGAAGGUACUCCCGUCGAGCAACGACGACAACUCAAUGGACGAUACCGGUUUUAUCACGACGAGGAUCUUUUGCAAACCAUAUUCCUGAGAUACAUCGGUUGUGAAUGGUCAGCUCAGUUUAAGGCGUCAUUGAAAAAGUUUGCCGAAUCCCCAAAAACAUGGAUACAUCCAAAGCCCGCCAUGACCAAGGACGAGGUAGCCCAGUGGAGUGGUUGCGAUCAUGCGCUACGCACAGCUGGCACCGAUCAAUGCGUUCAACAUAAACACGCAAGGAUCUGGAUGAACGACGUCUUUCUUGAGCAACUUCAGACAAGUGCUGACGAAACUCCUCGCGCUUAUGACGAUGAUGGCUGCGACGAUGACAGCGACGAUGGCUCAGAUGUUAAAACAAAAAGCCCUCAGAGAAUUAUCCAAAAGGUAUUGAGGCUGCUUGAAACGGAUAUUAUCAUGAAAACUCGGCUCAGCGAAGAUGUUACUGUUGUCCGCUCGGAUUUUAAGUGGUUUGGGCCAUCUCUUCCACACUCGACCAUGUUCACUGUACUUAAGUAUUAUGGCGUUAGUGAUCGAUGGAUUGGAUUCUUCAAAAAGGCCCUGGAGGCCCCAAUGCAGUUUGUCAAUGACGGGCCUGAUGCUCCAGUUCAGGUUCGUAAGAGAGGGACACCAAUAUCCGGCCCCUUGAGUGAUAUGCUUGCCGAGAGCGUUCUAUUCUGCUUGGAUUUCGCUUUUAAUCAGCGCACAAAUGGCGCUUUUCUCUGGCGCUUACAUGACGAUAUCUGGUUCUGGGGUGAUAAGAGCACUUGCGAGACGGGUUGGAAUGUUAUGACUGAGUUCGCAGAGCUCAUGGGUCUGGAUUUCGCUGAAGAUAAGACUGGCAGUGUUCAAAUCGCUGCCGAUGGUAGCCAGUCGACAUCAACGAGCUCCGUGCUCCCUGCUGGAGAUGUUGUGUGGGGAUUCCUCAAACUUGACGCCAAAUCCGGGCGAUUUGUUAUCAACCAAAACCAGGUUGAUAAACAUAUCAAGGAACUCAGACUUCAGCUGAGUUCCUGCAAGUGUGUCUUCGACUGGAUUCAGGCUUGGAAUAUCUACGCAACUCGAUUCUUCACUACCAACUUUGGGCGCCCUGCAAAUUGCUUUGGCCGCGCACAUGUCGAUGAGAUAUUGGAAACCUUCGAGAAGAUCCAGAAACAGCUCUUCACCAACGAAGGUGACAGUGUUACCUCUGUCAUCAAGAAGAUGCUUUCUGAUCGCUUCGGUAUUCAGGAUAUUCCUGAAGGCUAUAUUUACUUUCCAAGUGCUAUUGGUGGCUUGGAAGUGCAAAAUCCUUUCAUUGGGCCAAAUCUGGUUCGCGAAUCCCUACCAGCUUCGCCACAGGUCUAUAUGGAUCGGUUCUUCCGAAACGAGGCAGAGGCUUACCAGAAAGCAAAAGAAACUUUCGAAUCUCAGGCAUUGAAGUCUGGUCACAAAGUGAAAGACCCUGUUGAUUUCCUCACCUUUGAAGAAUACACUCGUUACCGCGAGUUUAAAUCUGCAGAGCUUGGCGAGGCUUUUGACUUGUUAAUGGGGGAGCCAGUGCCAGAGUAUCUUAAUCUCCCGGUCUUUAAAGCACGCCGGCUUCGCCACGAUCUUUCAGGCCCUUAUUAUCGAUGGAUCCUGCAGCUUUAUGCUACGGAAAUGGUUCGAAGGUUUGGCGGCCUAGAUAUUGUUCAGCCUGGUUUGUUGCCUAUGGGGAUGGUUACUAUGUUCAAGAAGAGCCGGUUCCAAUGGAGGGAUUAAAACGACUUUCGGGUUUGACUGUGCGGUUAUGUCGAAUUUGAAGUAGAGGAUCUAGAUGAACCUACUACUCGGGCGGGUCGAGAUCAGCUGCGGCAAAGCCUUAAUAUUCAAUAUCUAAUUCAAAAAAAUUAAUAUAAAUUAUAAACUAAAAAUUAUCUGACUAUUGCAUUGAAAUAACUACUUUUAAACUAGGGAACGGCGAAUUAGCUGCAGAUUUGGGCAGCUUUUGACGAUGGUUUACGUGACUGAUUUACCGGAAGUCCCUCAUUGCCCGCACCCCAGCCCAGACCCGGAGAGCUGCUCCAGAGUCUAUCCGUCCUUCAAGAAUUCGAAUCGCUUCUCUCACUCUCUUCUCCAGACCAGUAGUGCCGGAUCAAAUUGCAUUCCACUACAUACACGACAGGUUGCAAGAAAUGACACUGGUUAUAACAUAUCCUAGGUGGGUCAUGGUUUGUUGUUGUUGGUUGCUGCACUCUCAGCCUUAAUAUUGACGGCUUGGUAUUAAAUAAGGAAUAUGAUAGCGCGUGGGAGAGGGCUAGAUUGACUAAGAUGGGGCUUGCAGAGGCAGCACCUAUUGCCCAAAGGCGCUCUAUGCAUUGCUAUAUACCAUCAUCAUACUCUCAGUCCUUAGCUGGCCUAUUAGUGUUGAUAUCCUUUAAUAUCGCCC